CGCUUCCACCUGCCGCGCCGUCGGGAGCCGGGAGGAGGCGGAGACCCACCGUCUCAGCCAAUGAGCGACGCCGGCGCUGGCAGCUGCCUCUAUAAAGGGCUGGGGGCGGCGGCAGUGCGACCCAGAGCGCGGAGCGCGCAGCGCGGGCCGGUGGGAGGGAGGGAGGGCGGGCGAGAGGAGAGGACCCAUCACCCGGCACGGGACAGGCCGAACUGAGGGCCCGCCGCAGAAGGCAGAGCUGCCGAGAUCUCAGUCACAGAAAGAGCGACUUCUUCAGGCCCGGCGGGGCCGCGCUCCGGGCACCCUCCACUGCGUGCCCGCUCCCUCCAUCCACCUGCCGCUGGGGGUCUGGCCGUCGAAGCGCGCAUCCCCAGGCUCGGGUCAGUUCCCGGCCUUCGAAGGCGCCGCCGCCUCCAUCUCCUCCUCUGCAGCGGCCGCAGACGCAGACGCCCGGGCGGGACCCCGGCGUGAGCACCAGGCGCCCCCCUAGGAGUGCACGACCCCCGGAGCCGCCCUCGAUACGGACCGCGCCCGCCGGGCACACAAGAAUGGUCACUCAGAUACUGGGGGCCAUGGAGUCUCAGGUUGGGGGGGGGCCGGCCGGCCCGGCCCUGCCCAACGGGCCACUCCUUGGGACAAAUGGAGCCACUGACGACAGCAAGACCAACCUCAUCGUCAACUACCUACCCCAGAACAUGACACAGGACGAGUUCAAGAGUCUCUUCGGCAGCAUCGGGGACAUUGAAUCCUGCAAGUUGGUUCGGGAUAAGAUCACAGGGCAGAGCCUGGGCUAUGGGUUUGUGAACUACUCUGACCCCAAUGAUGCAGACAAAGCCAUCAACACCCUCAAUGGCCUCAAACUGCAGACCAAGACCAUCAAGGUGUCCUAUGCACGUCCCAGUUCUGCCUCUAUCCGGGAUGCCAACCUGUAUGUCAGUGGCCUCCCCAAGACCAUGAGCCAGAAGGAGAUGGAGCAGCUCUUCUCCCAGUACGGCCGAAUCAUCACUUCCAGAAUCCUGCUGGACCAGGCCACAGGUGUCUCUCGGGGUGUGGGAUUCAUCCGCUUUGACAAGAGGAUCGAGGCAGAGGAGGCCAUCAAGGGACUGAAUGGGCAGAAACCACUGGGUGCUGCUGAGCCCAUCACGGUCAAGUUCGCAAACAACCCAAGUCAGAAGACAGGGCAGGCCCUGCUCACCCACCUGUACCAGUCCUCUGCCAGGCGCUACGCCGGCCCCCUGCACCAUCAGACACAGCGCUUCCGGCUGGACAAUUUGCUCAAUAUGGCCUACGGAGUCAAGAGGUUCUCCCCAAUCGCCAUCGAUGGCAUGAGUGGCCUGGCAGGCGUGGGCUUGUCCGGAGGCGCUGCAGGCGCUGGCUGGUGCAUCUUCGUGUACAACCUGUCCCCAGAAGCUGAUGAGAGCGUGCUGUGGCAGCUUUUCGGACCCUUUGGGGCGGUCACCAAUGUCAAGGUCAUCCGAGAUUUCACCACCAACAAGUGCAAGGGUUUCGGCUUCGUCACCAUGACCAACUACGACGAGGCUGCCAUGGCUAUCGCCAGCCUCAACGGCUACCGCCUGGGCGAGCGCGUGCUGCAGGUGUCCUUCAAGACCAGCAAGCAGCACAAGGCCUGAGCAUUUAUUGCCCUCCCUCCCCGGGCAGCAGAGAGAGAGAGAGAGAGAGAGAGAGAGAGAGAGAGAGAGAGAGAGAGAGAGGAAAAGAGAGAGAGUGUGCGCAAUCUCGAGAGCAGGCAGACCCAUACACCUGCAUAAACACCACAGGGUGAGCAUCCGGAUGGGGAGGGUCUGCAGGGAAUUGAGGGAAGGGUGUCCCCACCCUGUUCUCCUUGCUUUCCCCACCUCAGGCUGGGGCUUGUUCACUCUCUCGUCUUGGUUUGGUUCAUGGUGAUGGCUUUUGUUUCUUUUUUCGGCUAAAAACAAAAAGAAGAAAGCAGAGAGGAGACCCCCCCAUCCCACCUCGCCCUCCCCACCCUGCAUGGGAUGGCUUAGGGGACACAAUGGUGCCCUACUCAGGCCUCCCUUGCCCAGGCCUGGCCUAUACUGAGAGAAAGGGGAGGGAACAGGUUUAAAAAUCCCCAAAACGGCAAAAAAAAACAAAAAACAAAAAAACAUGAAAGAGGGGAGUGGGCGUCCCCAUCCCCCGCCCCAGUCCCUGAGCAGAGAACAGGGAGCAGAGUUGGGGCAGAGCAGGAAGCAGAAAAAAAAAGGGUGGGGUGGGGUGGGAGGGGAAGAAAAACUCUAUUUUUGUAAAAAGGGAAAAAGACCUCGUGGAGAAUUUUUACUGGGGAUUCUUGAACUUGAAAAAAAAUCACAAAAAAAAAAAAGACAAAAAAAAAAAAAAGAAACUAUUUUGGCAAGUUAUGUUUACCAACUACUGGGGCAGGGGUGUAGGGAGCAGGGCUGAGGGCUGAGAGUCCAUAGGGCCAGCAUCACAGGUACACACACACACACACACACACACACGCACGCACGCACGUGCACAUAAGCAAACAUGGCCACAGGAAAGGAAGGACAUGCACUUGGACCUUGGGGACACAGAUACACAACACAUAGAUACAGAAACAUUUCAGGAUACAUUCAGGAUGACCAAAUCCACACCAGAGAACAGAGACACAGACAGACCCUUGGCGCUGCAUAAACAGAGAUACAGACGUUGGCUGCUUGUCCACAAAACCAUGUGAUGUGUGAAAUGCACUGUGACAGAUCCAUUUGGAUGUAAGUCUGGACGCCAGUCCCCAGUGAGAGCUGGGGAGGUAGCUCAGUUGGUAGGACACUUGUCCAGCUUUCCUGAAGCCUGGGCUCUUCCCCAGCACUGCACAAGCCUGGUGUGGCACACAGACCUCAUUCAUUCUAGUGCUCAAAUGGUAGAGUCAGAUCAGAUCAAGACUAGCCUUGGCUACAUAGUGAGUUUAAGGUCAGCCCGGGCUACAUAAGACCCUGUCUCAAAAUGCAAAACCAAAUAGGUCACCUAGAAGCAUACAACACCAGGGACAAAAGCCCAUGUCCACAGCAUCCUAUAGGCCCAGACAAGGUGUUCCUACUUAAGACCCUGGCCCAGUUACUUCCUCCAGCCAGGCUGGUCCCACCACUUCUCCCUGGGUCCCCAACAAGCCCCACCCUUGGGUUCUCUACACAAACUCCUUAGCCCACCAGGGGCCUCCCUGCUGCCCAACACACAGACGUACACACAUGGCGUCCAUGCAUCCAAACACACGAUACCUCGUUCUACUUUGGCAUCACCGUGGGCUGGAGGGGGCUCUCACUCCCCACAACACUGAGGCCAAAGGACCCCCCUGUCCCUGGGUCUGGGGAGAGGUCUGCAGUCCUCCUCCCUCAAGUAGGGACAGAGUGCUCCCUACCUGCAAGCAAGCACCCAGCACACUCCAGCAGACCCAGGGGUGGAUGGACCCAAGGUGUCCCCCACCCCAUCCACUUGUCGCCCUCUUUUGAUUGUUGGGUUUUUUUGUCUUUUCCGGAUUGUGGGGGAAUCAUGGAUGCAGCCUUCGUGAGCCCCGGCCCGGCUUCGGAAUGGAUUUUGCAGCCAUGCCCCACACACACCCUGACUUUUCAUUCUUUUAUGCAAGUUCCAACAGAAGCCACAGGCUGGAGCCCUGGGAGCCCCAAACCUUCAACCCACCCCACAGUGGGCCCAGUCACAACCAAGAAUGGUGAAGCCCCUCCCCCACUCUACACUCUAGGUUCUAGUUGCUUUCUUCCGGUGUCCUCUGCGUUUGGUGUCUGGCCACGGCCCCAUUUGAGCGUCCAACUCUCUCUCCCCACCCCUCCUGGUGUUGUUCUUAACCGUCUGUGGAGUUUCUGCUGCAAGGAACAAAAAGAAAAAAAAAUUUUAAAAAAAGACCAAAAAAUAAAAAAUGAAAAAAAAAAAGAAGGGAAGAAAACUCAAACAGAAGAUGAAAUAUAGCAAAAGGAAAGAAAAGAAAAAAGAAAAAAACCACAAAGACGAUUUAAAAAAAAAAAAAAGGAAAAAAAAAGAUAAACUGUCACCAGUUAACUUUCUUGUACUUUUUUGCUGAAUUUAGCUUCAUGUAGUUUUAACUUAUUGCUGUGUUUAACUAUUUAUUCUCCUUGUUGGCCUGUAAGGACCUUUGUGUAUAUUUCUGUUCCUUCAUGAGUUUGCAGGUUGAAGGGAGCUGUUCCUUUUCUUUCAGUUUUGCUGAGAUGUGGUUAUGCCUAAUUUAUUUAUACAAAGGGGAAGUGGAGUCAUUAAAGUAAUAAUUAUUAAUAACAGUAAUGGUAGCAGCGUGCCCCCCGGGGGUGCCGUGGGCUCCGAGGGGUGGGGUGGGGUCCCCACAGCUGGCGGUGCCCGGGGCUCUCAACGGGAUUGUUUUGCUAUUGUCUUGAGAAGUUUUUCUGUCUAUUUAGCUGGUGAACUCUAGCUUGCUCACGAUACACCGAACCUAUUUAUUCUGGUGGUUUCUAAGUCUGCCCUUCCACUCCCCACUCCCUCCCAGCAGGACAGGGACUCCUCACCUCCAGGAGGGUCCAGCCCCUUCUUCCCCUGCUGUUUCUGGGGUCUCCCCUGCCCUCCGCACAUGCAGGAGGCAUCCGAGCAAUAAGGGCUGGGUUUGUCCCCCACCCUGGGGGGAGGAUGGGCUCUGAAGAGGGGGCACCUCCCCCCACCCCCUCCCACCAAGGCCUAGGUCCCUGCUGCCUCCAAGACUGGGAGGGGGGACUUUUUUUCUAGGACACAAAGCUUAGCCCAGCCAGGUCCCCUCCCUGGAGGCCAGUCCCCCAAGAGGGCCAGGCCAGGGGCUCCCAGGGAGAGGGGCCCUUGGGUCUUCCAAAGUCCCUGGGGGGUUGGGGCAGGGCCAGUGGGAAGAGGGCUCAGCCCUCUAACCCUUCCUUCAUCCUGUUGAUUGGGAAAGUUUCAAACAUGACAGUCUAUGUUGGAGGUGAUAUAAAAGAACUGUAGAAAAAAAAAAAAAAACCAUAAAACAAAAACCAAACCUCAACCCGAACCCAAGAACACUUCAAGUUGCGUUAGACAUUUCUUACCGAGCCCCAGGCCUGGCCGCGGUAACUGACUUUUACAUGGGAUUCUUUAACUAUUUGUACUUUUCAUGCCAGAAAAUAAAAAGUUCAGAAUCUUAA